AUGGAGUCGCUGCGCGGGGCGCUGCCCGCGCCGCAGCUGCAGCCCAGGCUGCUGGCGAUGCUCCAGUGGUUGGAUCACCGCCUCACGGGCGCCCAAGUGACCUACUGGGUGACGGGGGGCACGCUGCUGGGCGCAUUGCGGCACCGGGGCUUUGUGCCCCACGACGAUGACCUGGACCUCGAGCUCCUGGCCGAGGACUUGCCAAAGGCGCAAGAGGCGCUGGGCGCGGUGGGUGCCUCCUGGCGAGGGCUGGGGUGCUGGACCGGCACGGAGGUGGCCAUGGGUCGCUUCUUCUUCUGGGGCGGCGACGGCCGCUUCUCGGAGAGCGUGGACGUCUUCCUCAGGGAGCGGCCCUUGGCAGCCCUCCCGGAGUUCCCCUCCGAGGAGGAGGUCUUCCCCCUGGCGCGCGCGGCCUUCCACCAGCUCUCGGUGCCGGUGCCCUGCGGCGCGCGGCGCUUCCUCGCCCGGUGCUACGGGGACUCCUGGGCUGAGGAGGCGGUGGUGUGGAGCCACUCCAGCCGCAGCAGGAGGCUGCUGCGCCUGCCUUUGGCCGAGUACUUGGCCGCCGCGGGGGCGGCGGGCUACGAGGCCCCGACCUUGCCGGCGGAGGACGCCGAGAGGAGCUUGUCGGCGGUGGGCUUGGACUGCUGCGGGGACCUCCGGGCUCGGCUUUGGGAGACCUUGGGCUGGGCGUCGCCCUGGCCCUUGGAGCAGGAGGAUGCCAUGGAGAUGCUGGGCCUCGAGGUGCGCACCUGGCGGCUCCGCGGCGCGCCCAACCUGGCGGUCCUGGAGGCCUCCGGUUGCCACCUCGAGGUCUUGGGCGAUCCGCCGCUGCUGCGCGCCGUGGGCGGCGCCGCGGAGCUGGCGGCGCUCGAGGCGAUGGGCGGCGAAGUCUUGGGGCAGCAGGUGCCCUCGACCUGA